UGCCGCACCCCUCGUGCGAGAUAGGCUUUAGUGAGAGUUGACAUAACCAAGGGAGAUAGAGAGAGGGAGCGGUAGGGAAAGGGGGAGAAUAGAAACGGUCACCGACGGCGUUGGAUCGGGAAAAGUGUGAUCCGUGGAAAAUACAGAAAUUAAAGUAGAAACUCGGCUGUUAAUUAACUUUACAAGUCUAAAAUCAUUACAUCUGGCGACGAGGAUGAUGGAAAAACUGAUUGACGAAGCCCGGCCGAUUCCACCGUUCCGCUGUGAAGAGAUUGGAAAAAAUCAACUUGCGAAGGAAUGGAAAAGUUGGAAGUCGGCUCUGGAAAUCUAUUUCGAAGCCUACGACAUCACUGACCAGAAAAAAAUGCGUGCGAAAUUAUUGCAUUUCGGUGGCAAGCAGCUUCAACAAGUGUAUGAAAGCUUACCUGACGUCGACAAGCUACCGUUGAUCUCUACCAAACCAAACUGGUAUGACGUAGCAGUUUCCAAGCUGGAUGAUUUUUUCGAGCCUGGGCGACAGUACAUUCUGGAGCGAUGUCGGUUGAGGAAAAUUCGUCAGGAGAAGAACGAGAGAUUUGCCCAUUUUGUGCUCCGAAUCAGGCAACAAUUAGCGGAUUGCGGACUGGAAAAGUACACUGUUGAUGUACGUAAAGUACUGACAGAGAUUUUCGUGCUGGAUGUUAUCGUAGAAGGUUGCGCUUCGGAGGAGCUGCGGCGCAGGAUUCUGCAGAAAGAUGUUUCAUUGGCGGAAGUCGAAGGCAUGGGGGCCAUGUUGGAAGGCGUGGAACAACAAGUCAGCGAUUUGACUUCGCUCAACACCAAAGAGUUAGUGUCAGACAAGGUGUUCCGGGUAGAGGCCCGAAAGGACCUAAAUAGAAUCCCUGGACCCAACCGCAAGUUCCAAGGUAACCGGGAAAUCACCUGUUUCAACUGCGGUACAAGAGGGCACAUAUCGUCAUCUAAGGAAUGCAAGGCUCGAAAUCAAACAUGUCGGCGUUGUAAAAAAGCGGGCCAUUUCGAGGCUGUAUGCCGAACACGAUUCACAUCCAGAUCAACAACUUCAGGAGCGAAAAGAGUGCGUUUGGUCGAGAAGAGUGAGCAGCAGCUUAACAGCGGACCCUCUUCGGACACACCGGCCCAGUUAGAUUCGCAUCAGAAGCCCUAUUACUGUUUCCAUUUUGGGAAUGAAUCGAAUGUUCUUGAAUGUAUCGUCGGUGGAGUGAUGCUCGAUCUGUUGGUGGACUCUGGGUCCGAUGUGAACUUGAUCCACUCAGCAGCAUGGGAAAGGCUAAAGCAGCAUGGCGUCAUCGUCGAGGAUAUGCGGAAGGGCUGCCAAGAGAUCAUAAAAGGCUACGGAAGCAAGGUUCCGUUGAAUGUUUUGGCACAGACAAACAGACGUAACACUUCGAACACUUUUCGAUUCAAAUCAUAGUCACGGAAUCAUAUUCGCCCA